AUGGAGAGCAAUCAAAAUAUAAGUGGAAGUGGAACUGGACCUCUUCCAUCUUCAACAGUGGAUGAACAAGGAGUACAAACCCCAGGCAUUGAGACAAGUGCUCAACAGCCUAUGGCUACUCCUAAAGUUCCUGCUGUUAAGAAGAGGAAGGAAAUAGAGUCUAGAUCCAUAGUGUGGGAGCACUUUGAACAGAUCAAAGAUCCUGAAACUAAAAAAGUGCUUAAAGGCAAAUGCCUUUACUGUGCAAAAGAGUAUUUUUGUGAAACUAAAAAACAUGGCACAUCAUCAUUAAGAAAUCAUAUGGCCAGUUGUCUUAAAAAUCCCCAUUCGAAGGAUACAAGGCAGUCUCUACUCACAUUCAACACUCUGUCCACUUCUGAGGGUGGAACAGAGGCUCCUGGGGGUGUUUUGGGGACAUGGGUGUUUAAUCAAGAUGCCAUUAGGAGGGCCCUUUGUGAGAUGAUAAUCAUAGAUAAGCCCCCUUUUAGGUUUGUAGAGGGCCAGGGGUUCAAGAGGUUUAUUCUGGUUGCUUGUCCUAGGUUUCUUAUCCCUUCUAGGUGGACCAUUUCUAGGGACAUCUACCAAAUAUUUCUUGAUGAGAGGCUAAACAUUAAGAAGUUGUUUAGAGUGGGAACUCAAAGGUGGAAGCUUCAUAAAAAAAUUAUAUCAUUUGUCCCAGUUUCUUCUCAUAAGGGGGAGUACAUUGCAAAAGCCCUAGAGAGUUGUUUAUUAGAGUGGGAAAUUAAGAAUGUGUUUACUGUAACAGUGGAUAAUGCCUCCUCUAAUGACACAGCUAUGGGGGUUUUUAAGAGUAAACUGUUAUCUUGGGGUUCUUCUUCUGUUAAGGUUCAGUACAUACACAUGAGGUGCAUAGCCCAUAUCCUCAAUUUAGUGGUCCAAGAUGGGUUGAAGUUUGCAGAUGAGUCAGUUAAGAGGGUGAGGGAUGCAGUGAGAUGGGUUAGGAACUCACCAGCAAGGCUGACAAAGUUCAGAGAGUUUUCUGAACUGUUUGGUGUGGAAGCUAAAUCAGCUUUGCAUCUUGAUGUCCCUACAAGGUGGAACAGCACCUACAUUAUGCUCAACACUGCAAUUCAAUAUCAAGUAGUGUUUGAUGCAUAUGAGAGAAAUGACCCCUCUUAUUCUGCUGACUUGGGGAGUGCUCCUACCUUCUUGGAUUGGUGUUCUGUGGAAAGCUUAGUGAAGCUGUUGAAAGCAUUUUAUGAUAUGACAGUGAGGAUCUCUGGUUCACUUUAUGUCACAUCCAACACAUUCUUCUCUGAGAUCUCUGAUCUUAGUUGCAUGCUUGAAGCUAUGGUGAACUCUGAGCAGGGGACUGAAAAGGCAAUGGGGACACAAAUGAGGAACAAGUUUGACAAAUAUUGGGGGGAUCCAGAAAAAAUGAACUCUAUCAUUUUUUUUGCCAAUAUUCUGGACCCCAGAGAUAAGUUGGAGUACAUGCCUCAUCAAUUUGUCCAGUUGUAUGGAGAAGAGAAAGGCAAAGCUUGUUUUACCAAGGUCCAAUCUGCAAUGGAUGCUUUAUAUGAUGACUAUGCAGCUACAUACUCUCUCAGUUCUACCCAGACAACAUCCUCUACUCAAGCAGUCCAGUCUGAGGCUAACCAGGCUACUACUUGUACAUGGUGGAAGAGCCAUAGUGAGAGAUUUCCUAUUCUCUCCAAAAUGGCUAGAGAUGUCCUUGCAGUUCCUAUCUCCACAGUUGCUUCUGAGAGCUGUUUUAGUACAUCUGGAAGGGUACUUGAUCCAUUUAGGAGUUCCUUGACUCCUAAAAUAGUGGAAGCACUAAUAUGUACUCAAGAUUGGUUGAGGGCACCUAAUCAGCCAAUCCAAGUUGAGGAGAACCUAGAGGAGGUUGAAAGAUUAGAGAAAGAAUUGCCCACUGGAGCUUCAUCUACUAUACCAUCAAUGUUGCCUACAAUCACUGUAAUUUUGAAUGUAUUUGUUUUAUUUGGUGGCUAUGAUGAAGCUUCCACUAUUGUCUGA